CUGCUAACAGGGUGGACAGCUGUACAAAGGGGCCAAUACCACUGAAGUGGAGAACUAGGCUGGGAGAUGGGGGGGAGGGCAGGAAGUAGGUGUGCACAGAAUGGAUGUGGUGCUACAGAGUGGCAGGGGCAGGGACCCUCCCUGGAGAGAAGGUCUUCAGAGUCAGACUCCAGGGGAUGCCGAGUUGAGGGGCUAGAGCAAGGGAGGGGACACCUCAUCAGGUCAGCUAUACGCUCCCAACCGACGGCACUGCUCUUUAACUACUUAACAAAAUAAGGAAGUAACUGAAGAAAAAAUUGAGGGGAAGUAGAUGAGAGAAACUAUAAAAGAAUAAUUUAGAAGAAGAGAAGGUAGGUUGUAUCUGUGCUCAGUUCAAGUUUCUGGAAGGCACCUGGCAUUUGCUGAGCACCAGGGAGACAAGCCAGGCAAGCAGGACAUGUGGCUGCUCCCGGUUCUGUUCCUUCUCGUCGUCCAAGGCCACUUCUGCACCUGCUUGGAGAGAAUGGUGAGAGGCAGAGAGGGGGGCACUCUGACCACAUCCUGUGAGUAUAGCCCAGGAUGGGAAUCCUACAGGAAGUGGUGGUGUCGCGGGAAGAAUUGGAAUUCCUGCAAAAUCCUUGUUAAGACCACUGGGUCAGAGAAACUGGUGAAGAAGGGCAGAGCGUCCAUCCAGGAAAAUCGUAGCCGACGCAUAUUCACCGUGACCUUGGAGGAUCUCCGUCAGGAAGACGCAGACACCUACUGGUGUGGGAUUGAGCGAACCGGCAAUGACCUGGGGUACAAAUUUUCUAUUCUUGUCGACCCAGCCCCUGAUCCAACAGACUCUCCCAAGCCUGUAGUGAGAACAACGCUGCCCAGUUGGACUUCCUCUCGUCCAUUUCCCCAGGGCAUCAACAGCAGCCAGCCCAUGGAUUUGAAUAGCCCGCUAACCAGAUCAGCUACCCUGGCCAUCAAUGGAGCAGCAGAGAAUCUUCCUGUGUGGAUCCUCCUGGUACCUCCUUUCCUUGCCACCCUUGAGUGGCUCUGCCAAGGAUAAAUAACUAUUACAUCGUUCAGGACUCUGGCCAAUGAUGGGUUUUCCAAUUCCAGACCAACAAGUAAGCAUAAAACCUCAAUUAAACCAAAAGCUUGAGAUUGUGUCCACGUGGACAAAUACCCCUGAUGGGCCAGCUGCACACAGGUCCGCUAAUUCCACCUUCUGCUGCAUCAGUAUCUCCCAGAUAAAGAAUUGCCUGAGCGUAAAAGAUUGAAGGUAGGGUUGGACCAUCACCCAACCCACAUCUCAACUGUUUGCACUAUAUAUUUCCUAUUAAAAUCUGUGGCUUGCUGAGCUCUUUUGAGAUUUUUUUUGUUGUUGGGAAAUGAUUUCAAUGUUUUAUAUGUGAGAGGAUGACCCUUUCAUUCUAGGCAGUGUGAAUUUAGAUUACUCUAAAUCCAAUGUAGAUUUAGAUUGUUUCCAGCAACAGGGAGGUGGGAGAUUAGAAAGUGAGAGGGCUGGAUAAGCCCUUUUAUCCCCUCAAAGAGGUCCCAACGUGGUUCCUUGUAUGCAGAUGCAAAAUUUCACUGAUGGCCAAGAGAGGUA